AUGGAACGAAAAAUUAAGUCAUUCUUACUCAUUGAAAUUGCUGCGUUUAUCAUUUUAACUUGGAUAUGCCAUUUUAACAAUGAUAUGAGUAUCUUUAAUAAAUGUUUUAAUAAGAACAAUGUUGACAGAAAAAAACAUACAAGGUCUUACAGAUUAUUAGGAAAGCAUAAACAAGAAAGGCGUUCACCCAUUAUAUGGAUAAAAGAAGAAAUACCAAUUAAUGAAGUGAAUGAAAAAGAAGAUAUAUCUAAUAGUGAAAAAGGAAGCAGAAGGAAAAUCAAACAAUCAGAUGAAUGUUCAUUACAUAAUAUGGAAGAACAACAACAAUAUAAUAAACAUAAAUCUAUAUUUGAAACAAAAAGUCAUUUUUCUUAUUUUGAAAAAAAAAUAUUCAGAGAACUUGAUUAUAAAGAUCACCGUAAACAUAACAGAACAAUUAGUAAUAAGGUUUACAAAAAAUUAAUACGUAAAAAUUACAUAAUACGAUCAACGUUGUUGUUGUUAUUCAUCUUUUUAGUAUUAAUGGUACCUAUAGCAGAUGUAUCAUUAAGAUACUUGGUGGAUAAGGGGGGUUUAUUGAAAGCUUUAGGGUUGUUUCAUGCAAAUGCAGGUACGUUAGGAACUUUUGUUAGUACUGGAGGUUUGUUAAUGGAUGGAUUAGGCAUAGGCAAAUGGAAUUAUGUUGAUAUAGUAAAAUUAUCGCCUAUUUUAACAUAUUGUGUACCUUUCUUUAUAUUAGGUAUUAUAAUUAUAUUGGCGAUUACUUAUUACUAUAAAAAAAUUAUAAAAUAUGAAAAAAUCAAGUUUAGGAAUAAGUUCAAUGAAUUAUAA